AUGGACCUGGAGAAGUUCUACCGAGAAGAUCAUGCCUUCUACAUGGUCAUAAUUGGCGAUUUCAACGCCAAGGUUGGCCCAAGAAGAACGCCGGAGGAACUUCGCAUCGGGACCCACGGCCUACAAUGGAAUGACCAGGGGGAGAGGAUCUCCGAGUUCAUCAUGACGACUAAGACCAUCCAUGGGAACUCGCAAUUCCAGAAGCCCUCCUCUCUACACUGGGCAUGGGAGUCACCCGGUGGAGGGUACCGUAGUGAAAUAGUCCACAUAAUCGCCAGUAAAAGGUUCUGCGUGAAGGACGUCGCUGUUGUACCGCGCAAACGCUUACGCAACUGUCCGUCCUUCACGUCAUGUUAA